AAGGUCAAGGUUAUUAAUGAGAAAGUAAGCAGUGUAUGUCAACAGUGAGGAAUGCGCUAUAGCUAAAUUGUGUUAUUAUAAAUACGAAUUUUUGUUUUAUUUUUCAGACUUAAAGUUUUAUAAAAAUCAUUAUUAUUAACCUUAUUAUUCACUACCUGUACAUCUUUUCAAUGCAAACAACUUUGUAAAUACUUUGAUUCUCCGUGAUACUCCUAAUCAGAGUUUGAUCACUCUCGAUAUCCAAUCAAAAUAUAUUUGCGCUAAAAUGAGUUUUCUUGUGCAUUUAGUGUUCGGAAAGUGCAAGGGAAAUUUUUCUGAUUUCUGUAAAAAUUAAAUUAUAACAAUGGAUUGAGAGUAACGAAUGAAACCAUUUUUAUGCAGAUUCCUUCAAUAAAAUUUCUCUGGCAUAGGAGGAAGUUGUAACAAAUAUUUCUGUAUUGCCAUCAUACAAGUAUGGAACCUUUGUGGAAUAUAGAAGAUCUUGAUCUUUUAGCUUCUGAUUUGGAUACUAGUUUAUCUGGCUUAGGUGGCUCAACUGCCACUGCAUUUGAUAUGAGUGAUGCUUUGUCAGCUAUACAAGUUAUCAAAAUGAAUAAGGAAGAGGAUUUCAACAGAGAUCAUUUCUUUUUAACAAGUUCUUUUGAUAAAUCAUUAAAUAAAGAAAAGGCUAGAUCCGAGCAAAAUCUGAGUUCAUGGAACUUCUCAUUAUCCAAUGUAACUCCAAAACCAGCGAAAGUUGUUAAAAAACCAUGCCGCAAGCAUGAUGGUGAGCUAAAUAAGGGAGAAAAUUGUAUGAGUGACGAGGCCAGUCUAACUGAUGCACUUGCUAUUGAAGGAAAUUCUUAUCCUAAUAUCAUCAGUGCACCUACACUUAGUCGCUCAUUGUCACAGUGUAGCUUACAGCCAGGAUUUACUAUGAAAGAACCUCAUUUUGUGAAAUCUGAUUUCCAGUAUGUUCUUGCUGCAGCUACAGCAUUGGGUACGAAAGUUGGGGAAGAAACUUUAACUUAUUUAAAUCAAGGUCAGCCAUAUGAGAUACGACUCAAGAAACUGCAUGGCAUUUCUGAAAUGAAAGGCAAACUCCUUAAAAUCUUUCAUUAUCAUAUGGUAUAUUUGAUGUAAUUCCUGAUUCAAAGAACAUAAAUUGUUGUGAAUUUAUGUGGGAUCCUACCAGGGAAGCCUCUGUGUUUCUAAAGAUUAAUUGUAUCAGUACUGAAUUUACUUGUAAACGCAGAGGAGGUGAGAAAGGAGUACCUUUUCGCAUAUUAAUAGAGACAUACAGUCACUGGGAAGAUCCCCCUCGCAAGUUAGAUGCAGCAUCAUGCUUAGUAAA